UAGGGUUAUCGGCCCAAGGUACAGUUUCUCUUCCCGCUGGGGCUCCGGAAGCUGGGGGUGGGGUUGACAGGGCAGGAAGCCCGAGGAUGCAGCCUAGAAGCAGAGGCUGACCCUGGCAGCAUGUGCUGGCUGCUGCUAUGUCCACUGGUGCUGGGGCUCAGCCUGGCAGAGGGCACCCAGACCCCCAGCAUCUAUGACGAUGGAGAGAGUACCGAGGGAGGCCGUGAAGGCACUCUGGCUCCCACAGCAGAAUUCAACGAGUCGAAGGCCCCCGGCCAGCUUCAUCCUCGAGGCUUCCCAGGCAAGUUCUGUGCCAAUGACAGCGACACACUAGAGCUCCCGGACAGCUCGCAAGCACUGCUGCUAGGGUGGGUCUCCACCAGGCUGGUACCUGCCCUCUACGGGCUGGUGGUGGCCGUGGGGCUGCCUGCCAAUGGGCUGGCGCUGUGGGUGCUGGCCACAAGGGUGCCGCGCCUGCCAUCCACCAUCCUGCUCAUGAACCUGGCCGUCGCAGACCUGCUCCUGGCCCUGGUGCUGCCUCCCCGCCUGGCCUACCACCUGCGUGGACAGCGCUGGCCAUUUGGGGAGGCUGCCUGCCGCGUGGCCACAGCCGCCCUCUACGGCCACAUGUAUGGCUCAGUGUUGCUGCUGGCCGCAGUCAGCCUGGACCGGUACCUGGCCCUGGUGCACCCUCUGCGGGCCCGUGCGCUUCGUGGUCAGCGCCUCACCGCCGGGCUCUGCUUGGUGGCCUGGCUCUCUGCAGCCACCCUAGCCUUGCCUCUCACUCUGCAGCGGCAGACCUUCCAGUUGGCUGGCUCUGACCGUACGCUGUGUCAUGAUGCCCUGCCCCUGGCCGAGCAGACCUCCCACUGGCGCCCGGCCUUCACCUGCCUGGCUGUCCUGGGCUGCUUCCUGCCGCUGCUGGCCAUGUGCCUGUGCUAUGGGGCCACCCUCCGUGCACUGGCAGCCAAUGGCCAGCGCUACAGCCAUGCACUCAGACUGACAGCCCUGGUCCUGGCCUCGGCGGUCGCCUCUUUCACACCCAGCAACGUGCUGCUGGUCUUGCACUACUCAGACCCAAGCCCCGAGGCCUGGGGCGAUCUCUACGCAGCCUAUGUGCCCAGUCUGGCGCUCAGCACCCUCAACAGCUGCGUGGACCCUUUCAUCUACUACUAUGUGUCCCACGAGUUCAGAGACAAGGUACGGGCCUUGUUGUGUCGCCAUCCGGAGGCCAGCAGCUCCUCUCAGGCCUCCAGGGAUGCUGGAAGCCGAGGGACUGCCAUUUGCUCCUCUACGCUUCUGUGACUGGUGGCUGAGGCGGGAAGGGAACACA